UUGCAAUUUUUGUCUUUUUUGAUCUUUUAUUAACAUAAUUUUAUUCUCUUAUUUAAUACCGUUUUUCCGCUUUGUUCCCGGCUAAAAUUCCUCAAAACAAUGUCCUAUUGAGCUGUAUGGAAUUCAUAUCAUUUCGUAAGUUUCUGUUGUGAUACACAGGAGAUGAGUGUGGCUCCUUUUACAGUAGAAGUUAUUUUAGUUUGCCUUGUUACGUUGUAUGUGUUACAUCAGUAUGGAAAUUUAAGAAAACAACAUUAUAUUGUUACCGGAGCUGUCUUUACAUCAUGGUUCUUCUCAUUUUUGAUAAUCUUUGUUUUGCCACUAGAUGUAUCAUCGGCAUUCUACCGUCAAUGUCUAAAAGAUCAUAGUUCACCAUCGAUUAACAUUCAUCCCUCUACACCAAAGAAUGACUCAAAUACAACUAAAUUACCCACUCAUGGAGAAGUGAACACAUCCUAUUAUAUGCCAUGUCAAAAACCAUGGAGUUUCAUGCCAGAAGAUGUCCUUCCUAAUCUUUGGCUUGUGGUUUAUUGGUCAUCACAAAUAUUAUCAUGGAUUGUCUUGCCAAUAAUGCAAUCAUAUUCCUAUGCUGGAGAUUUUACAGUAAAAGGCAAGAUUAAAACUGCCUUGUUUGAAAAUGCCCUUUGGUAUGGUAGCUACCUUAUCAUCUUUGUUGGUUUAUUACUCUAUGUCAUCUUCCAUCCAGACCUUCAUUUGAAUGGUACACAACUCAAACUCAUUGGUAUAACAGCUUCUAAUACCUGGGGCCUGCUGCUGUUGGUGUUUCUCAUGGGGUAUGGUCUAGUUGAGGUACCAAGAACUGUAUGGCAUUCUUCAAAUCUGGAAUACCUACUUGCACAUGUCUAUUUCAAUGUCUCCAAGAUGAGCACCGAGAAGGAAGAAGCAGAGGAGAAAUUAAACGAAGUUUUAACUGAUGUUCGAAAGGCCUGUGAGUCGAUUAGAUAUAAUCAUCGCUUUAGAAAACAUCUCGAGGUUAUUAUGAGCAAGUGUCCAGAAAGAGAUCAAGAAUCGUUUAACAGAGGAACAGAUGACUUCGUGGACUAUCAAGAUGGGAGAGGUGGUGACAGAAUACGAGAAAUAUACGAGGAAAAAGAUCUUGUGAAACUACACAGACAGGUGAUUGCUCAGACUCAAAUAACAAGGAAAGCAAGAUGUCAAUGGAACCGUGUUAUUGAAAAAGCGUUUUAUUUGGAAGAUUUGGAAAAGAAUACUAGAAAUCGAGAAAGAGUUUACAAGUCUGCAUUAGAUCGACAUGAUAUUUUGAUCCGUUUACCACCUUCUUUUGAAUGGUAUUGGAAAGUUUGGCUAAAACCUUGGUGUCUGCGUAUUUUUGCUGUCAUAUUGGCCAUCUUGAGCGUGGCAUUGAUUUGGUCAGAAGUCACUUUCUUUAUUGUGGAGCCGAGAUUAUCGCUAUUUGCUAUUUUCAUAUAUGAAGCUCAAAAAGGAUACUUUUAUUUCUAUGUUGAGUUGGUGUCCUGGGUAACCAUUACGUACAUGUGUGUCUGUGCUUACUAUACCGUGUUCAGAAUUCGCAUCUUCAAUUAUUACUAUUUUGCUCCACAUCAUCAAACUGAUCCAAACAGCUUGCUAUUCAGUGGACUGAUACUAAGUCGACUGACCUACGCUUUAUGUCUGAAUUUUCUGAGUGUGAUCCAUCUUGACAGUCAUAUUGCCGGGAAACUCAAGCUGGAAGACACUGCUUUUACUUCGAUAAUGGGUCAUAUGGAUGUUCUCGAAUUCAUAGCGAAUGGUUUUAAUAUCUAUUAUCCAAUGAGUAUUCUCCUAGUUUGUCUAGCGACAUAUUUCAGUUUGGGUUCACGUUGUAUGAACUGCUUAGGAUUUCAAGCUUUUAUCGUCGAAGAUGACGUGUCGGUUGAUUACGUCACAGAAGGAAAAGAUUUAGUUAGAAGGGAGAAACGUGAAAGAGAUAUUUCAAUCAACCCUGGCGAUACCAGACAACGUUGGACAAGUCGUGGACAAGAAUUGAAAGAUAAAUUGAAUAAAAACAGAGGAGAGAGUUCUCAAGAUAUUAGCGUUGAUCCAACACCUAUAGUUGCCGGUUCGUCCACGAGAUUGGUUGGUGAGAGAAAUAUUGCUCGAUAUUUGAAACCUUCCAGACACGAUGAUGAUCGCAUUGAAUUAUUAUCUGAUGUUGAUGAGCAAUAUUCAACGUCACGAUAUUCACCAGCCAGAUCUGAUCGUUCUGUUCCAAAGAAUGUCUUUGAUGAUAUUUAAUCAUUUUUUUAUAAAUUAUUUAAGCAUAAUUAAUAGAAUAAUUAUUUCUAUGAAUUGUACACCACCCAUUGCAUGCUAAGGAGGCAUUUCAUUCCUUGCUAUACUUAAGGCAUUUCUACCUUGAAAAGUAGAAAGCCAAAUUGACAAUUAUGAAUAGCUUGAGCUAUUCUAAAUAUUGCCAUAAAUAUUUUAGAAUUAUAUCAAUAUGACAUGGGAAAUGUUAGCCUGUCCUCUUUUAAGAUAAUUUGGCUAUACACAAGACAGUUGAUUAUAAGGACUAUUUCUCAUGAUACAAUUAUAGUUGUAUGGGAUAAAAGAUUGUCAUUCUGGCGAUAGAAAAAAGAAUGUGUCGAGUAAAAAAGGUUUUUAUUGAGAAAGGUCACAUUGAGAAUCAUUGAUAUCCAUAUUAACUAUUA